AUGGAUGACAUCUACAAGGCUGCGGUAGAGCAGCUGACAGAGGAGCAGAAAAAUGAGUUCAAGGCAGCCUUUGACAUCUUCGUGCUGGGCGCUGAGGAUGGCUGCAUCAGCACCAAGGAGCUGGGCAAGGUGAUGAGGAUGCUGGGGCAGAACCCCACCCCUGAGGAGCUGCAGGAGAUGAUUGACGAGGUGGAUGAGGACGGCAGUGGCACAGUGGACUUCGAUGAGUUCUUGGUCAUGAUGGUUCGGUGCAUGAAGGAUGACAGCAAAGGAAAGUCUGAGGAGGAGCUGUCAGACCUCUUCCGCAUGUUUGACAAAAAUGCUGACGGCUACAUCGACCUGGAGGAGCUGAAGAUAAUGCUUCAGGCUACAGGUGAGACCAUCACAGAGGACGACAUUGAGGAGCUCAUGAAGGACGGUGACAAAAACAACGAUGGCCGCAUUGACUACGAUGAGUUCCUGGAGUUCAUGAAGGGGGUGGAGUAG